AGUUUAUAUCAAUGUAAGGAUUCGAUUAAUUCCAAUUUCGAAAUUCAACCAGCUGGAAACUAUAGUUAUCCUGGCCUGCCAAAGCGCAAAAAGAGUUGCAUUUUAUAUGCUGUGGGCAAACCCGUCUUCCAUAAAUAUGUUGAUGAAUUGCAUGGUUCAUGGCUUAAGGAUCCUGCUGCCAAAGAAACGGACCGUGAGAAAACUUUUAUAACCAAAGAAAAGGACAAUAAACUUUUAUAUGAAUAUACAUCGAAAGUGGCGUAUCGUAUGAAUGAUGUGCCACGAAAACAAUACGAUUUGGGUGUGGGUUCCAAGGCAAUGCUCAUGUGGUGUAUAAUGGCUCAUUCUAUUACAAUCAAUAUAAUUCGGAUUAUGUGGUAAAAUUAGAUUUGUCUACGGGUAAAAGAAUCUCAACACAAUUGCCGAGUGCUGGUAUUGCAACUGGUAAUAAAUUGUAUUCGACAAAAUACAACUACAUGGAUUUUAAUGUGGAUGAGGUUGGUUUGUGGGUAAUUUACAGCACUUACGAUUCCAACAAUACUCUAGUGGCAAAGUUGGAUGCGGAAAAUCUUAAAGUACAAUAUAAUUUCAACAUAACAUUGGAUCAUCAUAAAUUUGGUGAAAUGUUUAUUGUUUGCGGUCAUCUAUAUGCCAUCGAUUCGUGUACGGAUAAAAAUUCUCAAAUACGUUAUGCCGUCGAUUUGUAUCAGGGUAAAUUGUUAAAUGUCAAUUUACCUUUUACGAAUCCAUUUAGUAAGACGACAACAGUUGGCUAUAAUCCUUAUACUGUGGAAUUGUAUUCAUGGGAUCGUGGUAAUUCUUUAACAUACCCGAUACGCUAUAAUGAACAAAAUUUAGGGGGUGACCAUGCAUAAAGACUCAAUACGAUAUAUAUAUUUUUUGUAAAUAUGUAAAAUGUAACCAAACAAUAGACAGAAAUGGAACAACAAAAUCCCUGAAAAAUAGCAAACUUGAUGGCACUGCAGUUUUUGCAAUGAAACCAGAAAAAAUAGCAAACUCAUUGCAUUUGUCUAACAAACAUGAAAAAAAAAAAUUAAUAAACUACAGCAACAACAUCAUCAUCAGGAUCCUGUAGUAGACAACGAACAGGGCAAGUUCAUUUGUAUGUGCCAUCAACUGAAAUUUAAAGCAAAAAUUGAACAAAAUCCCUAAAACAUGACAACCAACUAGGAAAAAAUUAAAGUUUUUUCCAAAAAAAUAAAAUGAAAACCAAGUUGAAUGACACAUCAUCAAAAAACCUCCCCCCCCAAAAAAAUGAGGAAACUAUCAACUAAAGGACUUUAAAACAAAAAAAUAAUAAUAGAAACUAAAAAAACAAACUUUUAGAUAAAUUUUAUGCAACAAAUUUUGUACCAGAAAAUAUAAAUUACCAAAAAACAAAAACUUUAAUAUUAUUUGUAAUACUAAACUUUAGAAAAAUAAAUUAAAAACUGUGAAAAAAUAUAAAAG